AUGUCAAAUGAAACAACAUUUAGGCCAAAAGCAAGAUAUGCGCAUACAUCAACGUCAGUGGGAAAAAAACUAUUUUUCUUUGGAGGAUUGAUUCGAUUAGAAUUAAAUGCAUCAAUGAUCAUGCCAACAAAUGAUGUCUUUUACUUGGAAUUAUCACAACCAUUUAAUACAAUGUCACCACCUUGGAUAAAUUUAAGCGAUGUUUCGCCUCUACCGGUUAGGUUAUCGUGGGCAACGUCAUCAUAUGGAGGUGCAAAUAAUCGUAUGAUCUUUAUUUUUGGAGGUACAAUGCAAGCUGUUGAACCGGCGCAAGAUUUAGGUUCUAAUGCCUUACUUCCCGACUUUAAAAAUUUGGUUUAUUCUUUUGAUACUCAAUCAUUUCAGUGGUCUAUACCAAUUAUUUCUGGUGAUGCACCUAAUAGAAGAAGGGAAUUAUCUGCUGUUACUAAUGAUCGAGGAAAAAUCCAUUUUUUUGGUGGUAAAGCUGAUAGGUUCACGGGAUCUUCCAUUGAUGGCGAUUUCAAUGAAAUGAAUGUGUUAGAUAGUUUAACGUUAAAUUGGGAGUUGGGAACGUUGGACGGUGCUCCUACCCCAAGGGAUGGUCACACUGCUACGAUCUUAAACAAUGGUUUAAUCGUAUUCAUCGGUGGAAGAGAAAUGGCUGGAUCUGAUAACAAUUUGAGUCUUGUAAAUAUGAGAUCGAUCGAUGUGUAUGAUACGAAGAGUGCAGAAUGGUAUUUCAUACAAGCCGCAGGUCCAUUAGUAGAAGGGAGAAUUCUUCACUCUGCAGUAUUAAUGCAGGAUAAUAGAAUAAUCGUCUAUGGAGGAGUAAACAGUGAAAAUGGCACUUCUUCUAGUCCAGUACUUGUAGUAUUAGAUACAAGACCACAACCUUAUUUAUGGAGCAUACCGAAAAUUUCCGCCACAAUAUUUCCUCCUCCUCUUAUCACUCAUACCGCCGCAUUGGUUGGAGACUAUAUGCUCGUUGCAUUUGGAAUUAUAAUAGGAGCAUCGAUUGGAGGAGCUUUAUUUUUGGUGGCGUUAGGAUUUGGUAUUAAAUUAAUUUAUAAAUGGCAAAGAAUUAGAAGGAAUAGGGUUCAUAGAUCAAGUUUGCCUAUACCCGUUAGUGGCAAUAGAUAUCAUAUUAGAUAG